AUGGAUGCUGAAAACUCGACUAAAACAAUUGUCGAAUCGUGGUUUAUUCCAAUCGAUAUUCUUGCAAUUAUCUUGAAUGUCAUAACUACAAUCCUGGCGAUAAUAGCUUUAACACUAAUUAUUUGCGACAAAUCGUGUCGAACCGCUUCAAUGAUCCUUGUUGGAAAUUCGUGUGUAGCGACAUUGAUGUUUGCAGUUGAAAUACUUUGCAUGAAUGUGUUUACUCUCCAGAAUGAUCUGAAUCAGAUUCGAUAUGAAUAUCCACUUUGUGUGGUACUUGGAUAUUUAAGUUACACAACGUGUGCUAUGGAAAAUUAUUCGUUUCUCUUACAGGCGGUGUAUCGAUAUUUAUUAAUUGUUUAUCCAACUCGUACUUUCUGGCAUUCAUGGCAAAUGCAAAUCUUAUACAUUUGUAUUUCAUCGAUCAUGGUUGGUAUAUUUCCAAUGUUAUUUUUGUUUACUGGACAGCUCACAUAUGAUGUGGAUAAUCAAAUGUGUCAAAUGUAUCUUCGAUUUUCCUUUCCAGUCGUUUACAUGGCAGUUUGUCUCUAUAUGAUUCCGGUUUCCACGACUAUGUCCAUUUAUUUUAUCUUAACUCGAUAUGUUAAAAGAAUGAAUGCAAAUACGACACCAACUAACGCACUAUCAAGAGCCCAGCGCGAUUUAAAAAUGCUCCGACGUAUUAUCAUAUUAAUAGCAAUUCUCAUUGCUAUUUGUUUUCCUUAUCAACUAGUUCUUUUCCUGUCGUUCUUUAACCAUGCACCAAAACAAGGCUUUCGUAUUGGUUUUCUAUUUGGUGACAUCGGAAUGGUUGUUGUUUUUACAAUACAACAAAAUAUCAUUUCUCAGGCUAAUCGCGAACAAGAUCAACGGCAAGCGAAGAUACUUCGUCAACAAAAUAUUUACGAUGCGUACAUCAACGAUAUUUCGGCCUUAAUUCUCAGUCCGUCGUUUAAUGAAUCCAAUCGACAUCAAUUAAAUUAUAUCGGAUUUAAAACAGUGGACAUCAUCAAACAUUUGAGUAAGGCUCAGAAGCGCGACAUUAUUUUCUUUCUUUAUAAUCACAAAUUACUUUCACGAAAUAAACCAGCUAGUCAACGUGUCGAUUUGAUUGGAGCUGAUUUGACCGAUGUUGAAUUUGUUCGAUCGCCUUCUCUCAAUUGCGACCUUCGAAAUAUAUCCUUGCAGUAUAUUCUCGCUUCAAAUAUUGUCUUUGAUAGAUGUGAUAUCAGUUUUGCACUAUUUCAAGGAGCUUGGAUGGUUGGCGCAAAAUUUAUCAAGUCAAUUAUGCAUGGCGCAAACUUCGGCAAGGCUAAUUUGACUGAUGUUGUAUUUGAUGGCAGCAACAUAAAUCUGAUAGAUUUUUCCCAUACUAUUCUUGUAAAUUCAAAAUUCUUGGAAUUAAAACCACACGGGACUGAUUUCACCAAUACCGAUCUGCUGAACAGUGAUCUGACCGAUAAAGAUCUAUCAAAUAUGAAAUAUCGUUUCUAUAAUACUCGAUUGCCGAACGGUACUUUCAGUGCAGUGGAUAGCACUCAAUUAAUUGCCGACGGUGGCGCAGAAAACACGUGCACUCGCGAUAGUCAUAGAGAGUGGAUGAAGUUCGAACGGUACAGUAAUCUUGACUUAUACACCGCAAAUUAUCGUAAUUGGAGUACUCCUAAACCUGUCAAUGGUAAAUGCUACUUUGGUAAGAAUAGUCUGGGUGUGAUGUAUCAAUAUUUCUCUAAAACACAUUACUCGUUGUUAAUCAACAAUGAACAUGCUUAUUUUAAUGUUUCUGCUUACAUGGGUUGUACGAUACCUAAUAGAGAGAAUGAUCGUGCCUUAGUUGAUGUACGAUGUUUUGAUCAGUUCUACAAUGGUCCUGUAUGUGGUGGAAUAGAGUCAAAUAGAAAUUUAUCUGGCUUUCAUUUUUAUUCAACAUCUGCAUCCAUUCUAAAGGGAACUGUUCAUUUGCGAAUUUGGAUCGAAGUCAACAUCAAAUCUCCUUCGAAACCAACAGAUGCGCUUAUUCAAAAUUGUUUCAUCGACGACAUCAAACUAUUCAUUUUUAGAAAAGAUAAACGAUAA